CAGUUUCCGGCUGUCAGCUGAUAAACGACUCGUCGUAAUUUGCUUUCCAAAACCUAUUUCGAUUUUCUCACAGAAAACGUCAGGCACCAUUCAACAUGGGCUUGAUAUUCGCAAUCAAAAGCUAGUUAUAGCUGAAAUAUUGCUCUAAUCGUAGUGUUAAUGUUAUUUUAGUUUCAUUUUUCAAGUACAUUGUGUAACUCGUAAAUAAGUCGAAAAUGGAUACGUUUAUCUUGGGAUUCUUCGGAUAUGGCGUUUGUUGAUCAUUAACAAUUUCGUUCAGUUUAUUAAUUUCUUUCCAUUUGAUGUCCGCUUUUCGUUCGUGAUCAUCUGUUUCAUUCCGUGUUUACGUAUUUUCUCAAUAUGGUUAAGGAGAAGCCUAAUUCUAUACGGAUAUACGACGACGAGGGGUUCAGGCGGCGCGCGGCUUGUAUAUGCGUGAGGUCGGACGCGGAGACGGAGGUGCUGCUGGUGACGUCGUCGCGGCGCCCGGAUAACUGGAUCGUGCCGGGCGGCGGCGUGGAGCCGGAGGAGGAGCCUUCGGUGACGGCCAUGCGGGAGGUGCUGGAGGAGGCGGGCGUCGUCGGCAAGCUCGGCCGCUGCCUCGGCGUGUUUGAGAAUCGCGAGCAUAAACACCGCACUGAGGUGUAUGUGAUGAUGGUGACGCAGGAGCUCGCCGAGUGGGAGGACUCGAGGCUGAUGGGACGCAAGCGGCAGUGGUUUUCCAUCGACGACGCGCUGGCCCAGCUUGCUCUGCACAAGCCUAUCCAGCGCCACUACCUACAGCAGCUCAAGCGCUCCAGACAGAAGCCGGAUGAAAGCUAAAUGCAUCACACAGUACCGUCUUACAAGUUUGUCAAUUAUAAUACUCUGGAAAAUCUGGCGCUGUUGAGAUUCUUGUCUCGUUUAAUCAUCUAAUAGUCUGUACAAGAUUGGCAUGAUUAUGAUGAAAAAAAAAAUUUAAAAAAAUGCUUUUGUCAAGGCUUACUUACAUCUUUUCUAUUCUGUGUGUGUGCCUCUUGUCUAUGUCGUCAACUGUAUAAUCCAUUGAAAUGUUACAAUUUUAGGACCGAAUAUUACAUUAAUUAGAGGA